AUGCAUAAUGCAAGUUCGCCAAGUGAGGAGAGUUUGGAGGAGUUGCGAGAGGUGUUUGCCCUCUUCGAUCGCGAUCACAAUGGAUACAUGUCGCUGUCGGAGUUGAAGACCAUGAUGAAACAAUUCAAUCGGGCCUGCACAGCUGACGAGGCUAAGGAGAUCUUUAGCAACUUAGACAAGAACCACGAUGGACGCAUAGAUUUUCGUGAAUUUGUCAGUCUCAUGCAACCACUACUGGAUGAGAGUAAGAGUGGCGAUUUCUACUUUCGCAUUGCUUUUGCCUUCUUUGAUAAAAAUGACGAUGGAAGCAUCACCACCGCGGAACUGAAACAAUUGCUGCAUAAUCUGCAUCUAAAAUUGACAGACAACGAGGUGGAGGAGAUGAUCUUAGAGGCUGAUCUUGAUCGCAAUGGCAUUAUCUCGUAUGAGGAGUUCAAAAAUAUGAUGGGUAGAAGUCACCCCUGA